AUGCUAUACUGGAAUUUUCACACAUCAAUUAUUAAUUCACCGACCAAUUAUGAAUUAGGUGAAGCGUUUGAAAUUCUACAGCAACUGUUUUCGGGAGGGAAAGAGAAUGAACAGGAAUCUCGAGAAAUUUCAUUGAUUGAAACUCUUCCAACAAUUUUUAGUGAAUCUCAAGAAAUUUCAGAAUUACCUUCAUAUUUAACUCUUUCAACAAUUUCUAAGAAACAUAAAGAGAAUGCUGAUAAUUCAACAGAGAAAACAAAACCACCAAAUAAUAAACUAUUCAUAAAUAAUGCAAUAGAGAGAACAGAAAAAUUACGAAAUUUUUCCGUGGAUAAUAAGAGAGGUUAUCUUGAAGAGAGUGAAAUUAUUUAUAA